CCAUGGCUCCACCGUCUAACUAAGCGAUUAGGAAAUCAGUUGGAGGAGCUUUGCCUAAUGAACUGCAGUCGGCUGGGAGGCGAACAAGUUCUUCCUAUAAUACAGGAGCGUUGUCCUGUCUUGACUGCUCUCGAUUUAACUGGUACUAAUAUCAGAAAACUAAAUGUAGAAAAGCUGCAGGCUGGUUGUCCAAAGCUUAAAGAACUGUUCCUGGCCAACCUACUCCUUCACUCGACUCCUAUAAGCACUGACGUGGAACAGAAUGGGUUUCCCCAUCUGGAGACACUUUGCCUGGCCUGUGGUUCUAUCGCAGGGGUUCCAAGGACUGAUCGCUUUUUGUUCAGGCUCUUGAGAACCUCGACUAAUCUAAAAAAGUUAGACGUGAGAGGAUUACAGAGAAUCAGCCCUGAAGGUUUACAGGGAUUACCAAUAACUUCUCUUGAAGAGUUGUAUUUCUCGGACACACACGCUUCAUUUGUUCUGAUGUCAGUUGUGAUCGAAAAGUGGCAUCAUAGUUUGGAGAUUUUGGAUAUUUCUUCCAACAGUGGUGUUAGUGACGAAUCUAUGGUUCUCAUGAAAAACUUUGGAAUGCCCAGGCUGUUCAAUUUAGAUCUCGGUAGCACAAAUCUUACAGCCGAAGGUGUGAGAAAAGCUCUAAAUGCCAGCCCAAGACUCAAGCAUUUAAAUUUGACGUCAUGCCGUGGAGUUCCUAGAGGUCUGAAACAGUGGCAUGGUGGAGCAAAAAUUCAAAAUUUGAUCUCUACAUUGGAGGAGCUGGAGUCUGGGGCGAACGGUGAACGACGACGAAGUGAAUGAAAAAGGAUAGUGCACUACGGGAAUAGAGCGAGUAGAUAGUGUGGUCUCUGUUGGAAACACAUAACUCUGCGGUGAUCGAACGUAGCGCAGUCGCUGUCAAAAAAGUGGUUGAGAUUAAGGACACAAAGGGCUUGCACCAAAAUAUUUGCCUCUAACGGUUAACUCACUACCAAGUUUGAAUACAUUUUUCUAAUCUUUGCCAUCAGCGAAAACGUAUAGAAAAAAGGAAAUAAUUUUCCGAGUCCAUGGAAAGACCCUUUGCCCUUUCACUUCUGUGGUCAUUCGCUCCUGCCCUGCGUGUUUUCAACCACCACUAAUCGCGCAUGCUCAUUCACGCCGAUCAACAGGAAAAUUUUGAAUCUAAAAGAAAGUCUUGUUCAGUCGUAUCCCGCUUUUUUUUUUUUUAAUUUUUACCUAAAAGUAAAUCUUCAUCUUCUGUUCAUAUGUGCUUCUAACUACAAAGUGAUUAUAGAAACCACGAAGCAAUUUAUUGAUCAAUUUAUAUCAGGUUUCUAGAUUGUCGAGACGAUCCAUUAAACAUUUCCUUGCUCAACAUUUAACUAAAAAUCGAUCUCUAAACGGCGUUAGCUGCUGUUCACAUGUGAAUGCUGCGGGCAACAAUAAAGAAUCGCUGAAAAUUUUGGUAGAUCUUGGCAGCGUAACGAUGUUAAAAGACAACCCUAUUUCCGCAUAAAGGGGGUAGGUUUGACGAAACUGUGGUGCUGCGUCAGUCAGGUAAUCAAGGCACGCGGAGCGGAUUUUCAAGUGGGGGGGCUAAUGCGAACGCGUUAGAGUGAGCCAACUAGGA